UGGCUCUCGGUUGUACGUCACUGUAAAUGUUGACGUGUGGCUAAAGCAGAGAGCUGUCUCGUUAGCUAAGUUAGCCGGACCUUUGCUCCUUGAUAGUGGAUGGUUGAGAAAAGCACUGACAGCUGACUGUUUUUGCAAACACAUCCACUUUUAAUAAUGGCGACUGACUGGGAAGAAAUCCGAAGGCUUGCUGCCGAUUUUCAGAGAGUACAGUUUGCAGACACAGUGCAAAGGCUAUCGGAGAGGAAUUGCAUUGAAAUUAUUGCAAAACUGGUCCAAGAGAAGAAGCUGGAUGUGGUGCACACGCUUGACGGAAAGGAGUACAUCACUCCGGCACAAAUCAGCAGGGAGAUCCGGGAUGAACUCUACGUCCAUGGAGGGCGAAUCAACAUCGUGGACCUCCAGCAGAUUAUCAAUGUGGAUUGGGUCCAUGUUGAAAAUAGAGCGAUUGACAUGGCCAAGUCCGAUAAAGGGAUUCAACUUAUACUGGGACAACUUAUUGAUGACACGUACCUGAACCGAUUGGCCGAGGAUGUGAACGACAAGCUGCAGGAGGCCGGUUUGAUCAGCAUUGCAGAGCUGUGUAAAAGCUACGACCUCCCGGGAGAUUUCUUAUCUGAGGAGCUGUCGAAGCGUCUCGGGAAGCUCAUCCAAGGAGAAAUGGACCAGUACAACAGGGGGGUCAUAUUCACUCCAGCUUUCGUUGCUCGUCACAAAGCCAGGAUACGAGGACUGUUCAGCGCUAUUACAAGGCCAACGCCUGUCAGCAGCAUGAUUGGAGCGUUUGGAUUUCAGGAACAUCUCCUGUACUCUGUCCUGGAGGAGCUGGUGAAUACUGGACGUCUCAGGGGAAGCGUGGUUGGAGGUCGGCAGGACAAAGCCGUGUACAUCCCCGAUAUUUACGCCAAAACGCAGAACUCCUGGGUGGACUCGUUCCUCCAGCAGAACGGAUAUCUAGAGUUUGACGCGUUGGUCAGACUGGGGAUCCCCGACCCCACCAGCUACAUCAGGAAGCGCUUCAAGUCCAACAAGCUGCUGUUCCUCAGAGCAGCCUGUGUGGGUCAGGCUCUGGUGGACCAGGUGGAGGCCUCCGUGGAGGAAGCCGUCAACUCCGACACAUGGACGGACAUACAGCCGAUUUUGCCCAGCUGCCUGUCAAUGGAGGACGUCGGGAUUUUGAUCAACCAGGUGAUGAGAAACACCAACGUCCAGUCCUCUGCCAGAGUGCUGGGGGAAACGGUCGUCGUCAGCGAGAAGUUCAUCAGCAACUGCCUCUCUUUGUUUGACGACGCCAUGCAGCACAAAGCUCUGAAGGAAGUCAAGAACAAUCCGGUGUUUCUGAUAACUGAAGAUGAUCUGAAGCAAGCAUCCAUGCUGACGGAGAGCUCAGCGACUUCUAAAAAGGACAAGAGAGACGCAGAGCGCAGGAAGAAGGCAACAGAGGGCAGCGGCAGCGUGAAAUCAGGCGGCGGAGGCAACGCCAGAGAGAUCCGCAUCCGUAAAACCAAGAAGAAAGGGAGGAAAGACGAGGACAGCGACGAGGAAACCGGACCGUCGCAGCAAAAUCGCAGUAAACAGUCUGCAGGCCCCUUUAUGGCCCAGGAGGAGAUCGUAGCAGUUUUAGAGCAGAGAGUAAGCGACUGCCCCGAGGAAAUCCUCUCCGAGCUGGCAGAGCAUUUAGUAAGGCCUCUAGCUAAAGCCUACCAGGAGGUGCUGCGAACAGUGUUCAUGUCCUCCACCAGCUCUCCGUCGAGGGCCAACAAGAAGCAGAGCAUGAAGGAUCUGCAGGAGGAGAUCGCCAGCCUGUACAACAACAUCCGACUCUUCGAAAAAGGGAACAAGUUCUUCUCUGAUGAAACCCAGGUCCACAUUGCCAAGCACAUCCUGAAGACCCUGUGCACCGACGUCACCAACAUCUUGGUCAACUUCCUGGCCGCCGACCUGAUGAUGUCCACGGAGAAUCCCGGCACCAUCACCAACGAGGUCAGAGUGAAGAUUUUGGUUAAACUGUCUGAGGAGAUCAAAGGACCGCUCAUGAAGCUGCACAACUGCCUGAACGGCAAAGUGAGUACGUUUCCCGUCGGUUUCAUCAUGCGCUUAAAUACAGGGACGGAAACGUCUUCGCUCUUUCGUCCUCCGCAGACUGUCGAAGACUUCCUGACCAACAUAGAGACUUGCGCAGAGGUGUGUGGGUUCAUGCUGAAGAAGGGAGACAAGAAAAGGGAGAGACAGGCGCUGUUCCUGCACCGUCAGGCUCUCACCGAGCAGCUGAAGGAGGCGGAGGAUCCGGCCCUGGUCCUCCACCUGACCAGCGUGCUGCUGUUCCAGGCCAGCACCCAAUGCAUGCUGCACGCCCCUGGACGCUGCGUGCCUCAGAUCAUCGGCACCCUCACCGGACGGAUAUCCACGGAGCAGCAGCAGCUGCUGUCUGCCUACCAGAGCCUGGUGGUGAAGCAGCUGGUGAGCCAGAACCAGAGCAGGAAGCAGCAGCAGCAGGAGGAGGCCGAGAGCGAUAAGGCGGAGGAGCAGGAGGAGGAGAUCCGCAGCGUCCGCACGCAGCUCGCGGUCCUGACGCCGCAAGUCAAGGACCUGAUGCUGUCCCAGAGGAAGACGUCCGUCACAGAGGACUGAACAUUUCAACGUUUAGAGAACGUAUUGAGGAUGAACCUUUUAAUGGACUUACAUGUUAAGAUGAAUACGUUUAACUCUGCUAGAUCAGCUGUUAAUAAUGUAUUUUACGUGAUUUAUGCAUGUGGACUUAAUACAUGAUUUUUAAAAGGAAAUUCCUGUAAACCCAAUUGACGUGAAAAUCCUCAAUGAGGUUCUGAUUUUCAUGCAUUCAUUAAAGCUCUCCUCUAA